AUGGACCUUUUACUUGAGAUAGAAACUCUCCCUCGGGGAAUCGAACCCCGGUCUCCCGCGCUUAUCGGUUUUAAUGACAAGCGGAAAUCAUCACCACUAGACCAAGGAAGAUUGGAUGACCGAGUUACUGCUCGACCACUUGGAUGGUUGAUGGAAUAUUUGGCCAUCUUUGAUAUUAUGACUCUACGGCUCACAACAUCCAAAAUGCAUUAG